UAGCUAUUUAUUGUUUUUAGUUUCUUUUAAUUUCUUCACCAUGCUGUUCAAGAUAUUGUGGCUCCCCGUUCUUUUGGUGCUCUGUCUACAGCAGAGUCUUUCGAUCAAACCCAGAUGCCUUAAGCCACUGGAUGUGGGCAAAGGUAAGGCGUAUCUGCGCAAUUGGUUCUACAACUCCACAUCGCAGCGGUGCCAAAGGUUCAUCUUCUAUGGUGGUGAGCGGAAUGGCAACAACUUCAAUAGCCAAGCUCUUUGUCGCAAAAUUUGCCUAGCCUAAGUGUCUGCCAAUUAAUUUGAACUCCACUGGUGUUUGAAAGGAACAACGAUUUGAAUCGAACAAUACCUAAUAAAUGAGACUUACGAGUAAAUAAGUUAA